AUGCGAUUGCCAAGGUGGCAGAGGUCGCGGACAUCCAGAACAUGGUCGAGGCCAGGAGCUUGUUCGUGGCCCCACGGCAUCUGCUUCUUCGUCGGGGACCUCUUCGAGGCGUGGGCCCUGUACCAGUUCGGGCAGCUCACACUCGACCUCAUCCGGUCCACCAUCGGGAGGGGAACCAGCGACACGGAUCCCCACGAGCGCGAGAAGGCUCAAGCCCUCCUCCGCGCGCACGCCGCCGUGGAGUCCCUGGCGUGGCUGGGCGUGACCCUGUUCCUGGUGGUGUGUAUUCUGCAGGCUGGCUGGUCGAUAUACUUAUUGACCUUCACCGACACCUCUGACGACUGGACAUCCUAUAACAGCCAGAUGAACUGCUUCACGGCUGCCGGUGUGGUUGCUUCGUUUGCAGCCAUCUGGAACGUCACCAUUGUGGAGAGGAACUUCCACAUAUAUUUGGAUUCGUACGCGCCCUUGAUGAAAUUCAUCACAGUGAAGAUCAUCGUGACCUUCGCGUUCUUCCAGCAGGCUCUCGUGUACGUGCUGGAAGCCAUCGAGAGCACGAUGCCAUCAGCCAUCCAGGGCCUCUCCAGAAAAUUACCGAUCGUCGGCGACAUACUGAGCUUCUCCGACUCCCAGUUCACGCUGUUCUACUCCGCCCUGCUCAUCUACGAGUGUGUCCUCAUCGCGCUGCUCCACCUGUGGGCCUGGAGUGCCGAGGAGGCGUGGUACACCGAGGUCACCAGCGAGGGGGAGCAGGAGAAGGAGGACGAGGACCCGGAGAGGAGGCCCCUGCUGUCCUGA